CAUUGCAGUAUUAGUAAAUCCCUUUAAUCAGUUAUGAUUGUUUAUUAAAACUUACUUUACCUACUACGUUCAUCUAUUAAGAAGAGAUCAAUUUUCAUAACUCAUAAAAUGAACGAAGAACAGAUUCCUUUGAUACGAGAAGUUGAAGAGCAACAUAAAUGGGAUAUAUUUGAAGAUCCUCCCGUAAAUAAAGCAACCGGCUCUUCGGUUGAAACAAAAUAUGUUAAUUUCGCGGAAAAAUUAGGAAAAUUUUGUACGUACAUCGUAGUGUUUUUAGUGGUUCUUGGCGGCGCAGUUAUAUCUAAAGGAUGUUUGCUAUUUAUGACAUCGCAACUAAACAUUAAAGAAAUGCCGUACUGCAACGAAAAGCUGGACAGAACUAAAAACUUUUCGGUGGAAGUUCCUGAAGAAGAAAGAUUGGUAUGGGUGUGGAUGUUAAUUUUUGCAUUUUUCGUUCCACAACUUGGAACUUUUAUACGAUCGUUGAGAAUCAUGCUAUACAAGUCUUGGAAAAUACCGUACUUAUCACAAUUUUUAUCGGUUUUCAUCAGUGAAACAUGCUCAACAAUUGGAAAUGCGAUUCUUGUGUUUGUAGUCUUACCGAAAUUGGACGUACUAAAAGGAAUUAUGUUAACAAACGCAUUUUGUUUUAUUCCAGCAGUUUUCAGUAAGUACACAAUCUACAGGAAUGAUUUAAAAAGUGCUGAUGGUACGCAAAAAUUAGCGUUGGAUCUCCUCAGUGUUGUUAUUCAAAUAUCAUCGUUUUUUGUAUUUCCGUUAAUUAGUGAUGAUUCCGAAGUUAAGCUAAUUCCUUUGGUGGGAAUAUUUAUUUCGAUAGGAUGGUGGGAAAAUUUUACUAUGGAUUAUAAGAAUUUGCGGAGGGGUUGGUUGAGGAAUUUGGUAAAAGCCAAUAAAAAAUUCAGCAAUAGUCGUUAUUUUACUUACUCAAUAGUAUCAAUUUAUAAGUGUGCUUUGUUUCUUUUGUGUGCUGUAUUGAUAGAAAAAAAUCAUGGAAAUGGUGCCGCAGCAAUGUUUGACAAUUUUAUUAACGCAUUUCAUUCUCAUAACAUCACCGUGAAAGAAAUAACUCCAAUCGAUGUAUUGAAAGACCUUUACUUAGAAGAUGCAAUAUCCCCCAGCAUGUCAACAAAAAUUUUAAGCGAUGUCAUGACUCCGGUUUGGGUUUUCUUAAUUUUCAUUGGCUCAACAUAUAUUUGCUACGUUUUUGGAAAAUUCGCAUGUAAAACAUAUAUUCAAGGUUUUGGACUUGCCUUCCCUAUUAAUCUUGCUGUCCCUGUUACAAUAACUGGAUUGAUAACUAUAUGCGGUCUUUACAUAAGUGAUGAUUGCGCAUUUAGCAAUAGUAUUCCUCCGUAUCUUUUUUUUAACUUACCACCACUUUAUAACUUGGGCGAUUUCCUUGCAAACGAAUUCAGUUGGAUUUGGAUACUUUGGUUGUUUUCGCAAGUUUGGAUAACUGCUCAUCUUUGGACUCCCAAAGCAGAAAGACUUGCAAAAACUGAAAGAUUAUUCGUCAGACCUAUGUAUGAACCGUUUUUAAUAGACCAAGAUGUAGCGAUGAAUAGAAGACGAUUAGAUGAGUUACCAAGAGAAGCUUUCACUCCAGGCGAAGUUUUGGACGCUCAGAUCUUGGAAUAUUUAUCAAAAUCUAAAGAUCCAAGCAAUAUAGUUCCGAUAUUAGAAGAGGAUAGUAUCACAAGGAUUUAUGGAUGUGGAACUAUGUGGCAUGAAACUAAAGAGGAAAUGAUAACAUUCUUAAAAUCGAUUAUUAGAAUGGACGAAGAUCAAUGCGCUAGAAGAAUUGUAAAAAAUUAUUUACAGAUUGAGAUGCCAGAUUAUUAUGAGUUUGAAACGCACAUUUUCUUUGACGAUGCAUUUGUAAGAAAAUCACAAGACGACACAGAUCCCAAAUUGAAUCGAUUCGUAAAGGAUUUAAUCGAAGCUGUAGAUGAAGCAACAUCGAUUGUACAUGAGGUUCAUAUGAAAGUGAAGCCUCCUGUAAAAUAUGUUACACCUUACGGUGGAAGAUUAGUGUGGACUUUACCAGGAAAAACCAAACUUAUUGCUCAUUUAAAAGAUAAAAAGAAAAUUAGACCUAAAAAAAGAUGGUCACAAGUUAUGUACAUGUAUUACAUUCUAGGACACAUGAUUGUUGAACGUGAUGAUAUUGAUGAAUGCAAAAAAGCGUUAAGAGCUCACAAUACUUACAUAUUAGCCUUAGAUGGUGAUAUUGAUUUCCAACCAAAAGCGGUAACUUUACUUGUGGAUCUAAUGAAAAAGGAUGAAUCAUUAGGGGCUGCUUGCGGAAGAAUUCAUCCAAUCGGAAACGGAAUUAUGGCAUGGUAUCAAAUGUUUGAAUAUGCGAUUGGUCAUUGGCUUCAAAAAGCUACAGAACACGUUAUUGGAUGUGUACUUUGCAGCCCCGGUUGUUUUACUUUGUUUAGAGGAGGUGCUUUAAUGGAUGUAAGUGUAAUGAGGAAAUAUGCAACAACAUCUUCGGAAGCUUUACAUUACGUGCAGUUUGAUCAAGGUGAAGACAGAUGGUUAUCAACACUUUUAUUACAAAGAGGAUAUCGUGUUGAAUAUUCAGCUGCAUCAGAUGCUUAUACUCAUUGUCCUGAGGGUUUCAACGAGUUCUUUAAUCAACGUCGUAGAUGGGUUCCAUCAACCACUGCUAAUAUUCUUGAUUUAUUAAUUAAUUCUGAUAGAACAGUGAAAGUUAAUAAUAACAUCUCAAAAUUAUACAUUGCUUACCAGUCAUUUUUGAUGGUUGGAACAAUUUUGGGACCAGGAACGAUCUUUGUGAUGUUAAUAGGAGCGUUUGUAGCCGCAUUUCAAAUGGAUCAAUGGACGAGUUUUAUAUGGAAUAGUAUUCCCAUUAUGAUAUUUGUGAUAACAUGCACUUUUUACCAAAAGGAUAAAACUCAGUUAUUUAUAGCGGGAAUAUUAAGCGGUGUUUAUUGUCUAGUAAUGAUGGCGGUGUUGGUUGGAAUAGUUCUUCAGAUAAAAGACGACGGCUUUCUUGCUCCUUCAUCGUUAUUCUUUUUCUGCGUAGCUGGCCAAAUGAUUUCGGUUGCGAUGCUACAUCCAAAAGAAUUUAAUUGUUUAAAAUUCGGCUUGGUUUAUUAUGUAACUGUACCUUGCAUGUAUAUGAUACUUAUCAUAUACUCAGUUUUUAAUAUGAACAAUGUAUCAUGGGGAACAAGAGAAGUAACGGUAGAAUCAUCCGCUGAACAAAUCAAAAAGAAAGAAAAGAAUGGCGCGAAAGGUGCAAUAAUCAAUUUUCUGGAUAACAUUUCGAAAAAGCUCUUUGCUGAAAAAGAACUUGCCGAAAAAAGUAAACUUGACGCUGUAUUAGAUAAACUGGAGAUGAUAGAAAAAGGGAAGGAGCCAGAACCCGAACAAAAUAUUCAGGAAAGUGUUGAGAAUGAAACUGCACCAAAAUCUCCUUUGAUUAAGAAUUCUAAACAUGUGCAACUUUUCGGUUCGGUGCCAGAACAUAGCUGGAUCAGAGAUAAUUGUUUAAAAUAUUCAGCGGCUUCUCGUUUACCAGAAAAUGAACUGUUAUUUUGGGAAAAUCUCCUUCGUAAGUAUUUGGAACCAAUAGACGACAGCAAAGAUAAAGCGAGAAUAGCAGAAGACUUAAAGGAUCUUCGCGAUAAAGUCGUAAUGUCUUUCUUUAUGAUAAAUGCUAUAUUUGUGUUAGUUAUAUUUUUAUUAACCGUAAAGAAAGACGACAUUCAUCUUAAUUGGCCUUUCAAUGCAAAAUCAAAUUUUACUUACAAUACCGGCGAAAAUGAGAUUAUAAUUAACAAAAAAUACCUUGAAUUAGAACCGGUUGGAAUUGUAUUCUUAGCCAUGUUCUUCCUCGUACUAAUCGUUCAAUAUAUUGCAAUGUUAAUUCAUAGAUUUGGUACCUUUUCACAAAUUAUGGCAAACACCACAUUAGAUUUUAAUAUCUUUACCAAAUCGACUGUCAAAAUGAGCCAAAGCGAUAUUAUGAAAAUGAAUCCAGUGAAAUUCGUAAAAAAAUUGCAAUCAGUUAAAGACGUGGACGAUGACGAAAAUGAAGAAUUCAUUGGACCGUCUUAUAGUCAAGCCGCUGCAAUAAAUAGGUUACAGAAAGCCAAAAAAGGUGGUGAUAGAGUUAGUAAUGAUCUUGAGGAAAACUUUAGGCGACGAACAGAAAUAAGAAAUUUUUCAAAGUCCUCUGUGGCAAAACUAGACACCAGCAAAAUUAGUACAGUGUCAAAUCUUAAUUCAAACAUACGUAGCAAAAGUAUACUUAAAACCAGCAGAACUUACGCAAAUUCUUGACGAUUCGUGACGUAGUUGUAUUAAAUGUAAUAAAUAAUUUAUUAAUUUACAAUUAAGUUUAAUUUUAAAUAAAGUGUUUAUUUUAAAA